CUCCUCCUCAGCUCCCCGCCGCUGCCUGAUCUAGUAAUAGAUGUUAUGGAGAAGAAAGCGAGCGAGGGAUUCUCACUUUAGCCAUCUCAUUCUCCUUUGUGACAUCUUCAAGACUGAAAUCGGAAAUCCUCAUUGGCACAUAAAUCAUCCCCCUAAACGGAAACCUGGGCUGACUGACUGAUUUUUUUCUCUUCAUUGUCCCGUGGGAGAAAAGGAACGCACGAACUUACUGUAAAAAUGAAGAGGAUAACGGGCAAGACGAAAGAAGCCACUUUGAUAGAAAUGACCAGCGCGCUGGAUUCUCAGAUUGAAGAUGGCUGUGCCGUUCUGACGGGCUUCAGGAGGACCUUACCAGCAGGCAAUAAUGGCAGCAUUAACUCAAUCUCUGACCGAGGGACGCAGCUGCCUGGUCAUCGGGAGAUAGACAAGUUUGAUCAGAACAGAGACUCUGUGUUCUUCAAGGAUGGCAUACGGCGCAUUGACUUUGUCCUGUCCUACGUCGAUGACAAGGAGGGAGACAAGAAAGCGGAGAGGAGAAGAGAGUUUGAAGCCAACCUAGAGAAAGCUGGUCUCGAGCUGGAGACUGAAGAUAAAUCGGAGUCAGAUGAUCGUAAGACGCAUUAUCUGAAGAUUCACGCUCCAUGGGAGGUGUUGGCCACUUACGCUGAUGUACUAAAGAUUAAAGUGCCCUUUAAAGUGAGCGACAUCCCCAAAGCUCGAGAGGUUCCACUGGAGUGGCUCAGUCACCCUUUCCGGCUGCCAGAAAACAUCAUGAGGCCCGAGCCAGACUACUUCACCGCACCCUUUGACAAGAGCAAGGUGGACUUCUUCCUCAUUGAUGAUAAAGACACCUUUUUCCCACCUUCCACACGCAACAGGAUUGUGUACUACAUCCUGACUCGCUGCCCAUACUACAAAGAAGACAGGAAGGAGAAGGAUAAGACGGGGAUUAAUCGGCUGUUGAAUAACGGCACAUACACCUCUGCUUAUCCCCUUCAUGAUUGUCGGUAUUGGAAGAAGGCUCAGGACAUGCAGUGUGAGAGUGAGAGGUAUCAUCUGUAUCGCUAUUGGGCUCGAUUCCUCUGCUUCUACAAAGAGCAGCCACUCAAUCUGAUCAAGAAGUACUACGGUGAGAAGAUCGGUAUCUACUUUGCCUGGCUGGGCUUUUACACAGAGAUGCUGUUUUAUGCUGCAGUCAUGGGUGUCAUCUGUUUUGUUUAUGGUGUGCUCAGUUACGAAGACAACAUCACAAGUAAGGAGAUCUGUGACCCAAAAAUAGGAGGGAUGAUUGUCAUGUGUCCGCUCUGUGACAAAAAGUGCAGCUACUGGAAACUCAAUUCAACAUGUCUGUCCUCCUGGCAAUCCCAUCUCUUUGAUAAUGAAGGGACUGUGUUCUUUGCCAUGUUCAUGGGCAUUUGGGUGACCCUCUUCCUGGAGUUCUGGAAGCGACGGCAGGCCCGUCUGGAGUAUGAGUGGGACCUUGUGGAUUUUGAGGAGGAGCAGCAGCAGCUCCAGAUCAGGCCAGAGUAUGAGCAGAAGUGCACAGGCCGCAGACUCAACCGCAUCACACAGGAAAUGGAGCCUUAUCUUCCUUUCCCUAGCAAAUGUGCUCGAUUCUGCCUGUCUGGAGCAACUGUACUCUUCUGGACGUUUCUGAUAGUGGCCUGCAUUAUGGGAGUGAUCGCCUACAGAUUAGCGGUGUAUGCAGCGUUCGCCAGCGUCAUGAAAGACAGUUCCACCAGUAAGAUCCAGCUGGUUGGUUCACUCAUCACCCCUCAGCUAGCCACUUCCGUCACUGCUUCCUGCAUCAACUUCGUCAUUAUCCUCAUCCUCAACUUCCUCUAUGAGCAUGUGGCUAUCUGGAUCACUGACAUGGAAAUCCCAAAGACCCAUCUGGAGUAUGAGAACAAGCUGACCAUGAAGAUGUUCAUGUUCCAGUUUGUGAACUACUACUCUUCCUGUUUCUAUGUGGCCUUCUUUAAGGGGAAGUUUGUGGGUUAUCCGGGAAACUACAGUUAUAUGUUUGGAAAGUGGAGCACUUUGAGAAAUGAGGAGUGUGCUCCUGGAGGCUGUCUGAUCGAGCUGACCACUCAGCUGCUUAUUGUCAUGGCUGGGAAACAAAUGGUUGGGAAUGUCCAAGAGGCUCUUUUGCCACUUGUCCGAAACUGGUGGAGCAGCAGGAAAGGCCGCAGUCAUCCUGAAAGUACGUAUAGUAGAUGGGAGCAGGACCAUGAUCUCCAGAACUUCAGCCAGUUUGGACUCUUCUAUGAGUAUCUAGAGAUGGUGAUCCAGUUUGGCUUCAUAACCCUUUUCGUGGCCUCCUUUCCGCUGGCUCCUCUUCUUGCCCUCUUCAACAACAUCCUGGAGGUGCGAGUGGAUGCUUGGAAGUUCACCACACAGUUCAGACGACCGAUGGCAGCCAAAGCACGCAACAUCGGAGCUUGGGAAGAGAUCCUUAAUGUGGUGGCCAUCAUGUCCGUGGUCACAAAUGCCUUCAUCAUGGCGUUCACCUCAGAUAUGAUCCCUCGUCUGGUCUAUCUGUACGCCUAUCACCCAGGCAUUGAGGCCAACAUGACAGGUUAUAUCACCAACAGCCUCUCGAUUUACAAUAUCUCUCAGAUCCCAGAAGAUAACCUGCCUGAAGCUGGAGAAAACCCAUCCUGGUUUAACAGCUCCACCAUCACUACAUGCAGGUAUCGGGACUACAGAUACCCACCUGGCCAUUUGAGGCAGUACACGCACACCAUGCAGUUCUGGCACAUCCUGGCUGCUAAGCUCGCAUUCAUCAUUAUUAUGGAACAUGUUGUGUUUGUGGUGAAGUUCUUCGUGGCGUGGCUCAUCCCAGAUGUGCCGUCAGAAGUGAAAGCCCGUAUAAAGCGCGAGCGCUUUCUGGUCCAGGAAUACCUGCACAACUAUGAAGUGGAGAAACUGAAGAUGCAGCUAAGCCAGAGUUUCUGCCUGUCCACAGAAACGGCCUCACUGCUGCCCUCUAGUCCAAACAAACACCAGGUGAUUUCUGAAUGCGUCUGAACAUCCUCAGGAAGACUACACUUAGAUGUACUGUACACUGCAAAGCAUGAAGGGACUGAAUUGUCACAACCCCUUCAUACUGUACAUUCAGUGCAAAAAAUAUAACCCACCCAGACAACUGCCAGAAGUUUUACAAACAACUCUAAAUGUGAAUCAACUAUACGGUCUGCUUUCAUUUUGCUCGGUUUAUCAGAGAACAUCAACUUUUGCUAUGGAGAAAAAUGGCAGUGAAUUCAACAGCAAACCUUCUGGAAUGCAGCCCGAUGCUCCUCCAGGUGCUGUGAAGGCAACUCAUAAACAAUCAGGAAAAUCACCAUUAAAAAAGACGUUUGGAAAUGUUUUAAGAAGGCAAUAAGUGUUUUUCUGUCCAGCUUGUUGCCAUUAUAUCUUUGAUUUGAAGACAUAAUCUGCAUGUUUGCCCUGUAUGUCUGACUGUGAAAGAGCUACUCGUUUGAAUGUGUGUUAUCUUUUGUUUUCAGAGAUAAAUUAUAUUAACGUCACAUUUUAAGACAUGAACAUGGACAAGUGAUAUAUGAAACGCAUGUGCCAUGUUGAUUUUUAUAUGUGAUGCUCAUGUGGUUUUUCUGUAAGGGCAGAUCAAUCCGAUUCUUUUAUUUUUAUUUAACAUUAUUACUUGUUCCAGUGAAGAAACGCUGAAAUCUAUCAGAGAAAAUGGAGAGUUUGCAUUGUCAUGUUUGCUAGAAUAUUUAUAUUUUAUCAUAGUAGUUUUUAUUUAGAAAGAAUGCUGUACCUUGCCACCCACAUUUUGUUCAGUGUAUAAUUAAAAAUGUAAAGUGUAAUUAUUUGUUUUCUUCAAGGAUGUAUUUAAGGAAGUUUGUGUUUUGUUUGCCAGACUGAGCUCUGGAAUGACUUGCUGUAUAUUUUCUGAUGUGUCAGAAAUUCAAGCCAUACACCUAAAUCUGCAGGAAUCUGUCAGGCUUUGCACAUUACAUAUCUAAGACUGAAGGAACAUCAGUGUGACAUCUUUUGUCAUUAAGACUUGUUUUUAUUAAACUCUCUCCCCCUUUUGUUUUGAUUUCUGCACAAAUGCACUUAGGACUAGUUCAGAUUUUUGUAAUCAGAUUCCCAUGCGUCAGUGGCUUUAAUUUUCAGUUUCAUUCAUUUUCUUUUUCAGCUUAGUCCCUUUUAUUAAUCAGUGGUCGCCACAGCAGAAUGAACCGCCAACUUAUCCAGCAUAUGUUUUAUGGAGCACAUGCCCUCCAGCUGCAACCCAUCACUGGGAAACAUCCAUACACACUCUUUCAUAUUACAGAAGUGCUGGGAAAGUGAAGUAUGUGAAGCUGGCUUUGUGAAAUGUCCAAAUAUCCUUACAUCAGCUGUAUACAAUGUCAAUUGGGAUUUACAUGGAAUAAUGACAAAACACUGAAGUGAUUAGGUUUGCCCUUUUAAAUACUGACCUGGUGCGAAGAUGUUUGGUUCAAAUAUUAGAACUGUCCCAUCUGUUUUAAUGUGUUCUGUAGCACUAUUGAUUACUGUUGAGGAGACCACUCACUCGGUGGGUUUGAAAACAAGCAAUCUUGUCCCAAGAGUUUUUGUAAGUGUCCUAAUUCAACCACAUGUCUUCUAUAUGCACUUUGUGAACCGUACCUGUUCAUUUCACACAAAUCUGUUUAAUAAUCCUCUGUGUAUAUCUUUUUUUGGCCUGUUGUGUAAGCUGACUUUCAUGAAAUCUUUAAUGGACAAUACCAAUACAGUUUACAGAACUUUUCUGAAUAGUGUGUGUUGAUAUAUAUGUGUGUGUAAACAAAACCUAUGUAUCUAUGAAGACAUUCUUUCAAAAACGUGACAGGGGCGUUAUAACAAUAACAUUUGAACAAAAAAAGCUGAGAGUUAUGUACGUACCCAUGCCUUUCCCUUAAUGAUGUUCAUAUGUCUGUGUAUGUUGUGGCCUACAAAUGUUUACAGGAUGAGUUGCAUGAAUACGUGUGCAAGUUGAACGUAAUGAAUUAAGCUUUUAAACAGAAAAUACUGUUUGCAUUCCAGCGAGGAGAACGUGCCAAAAUAAAGUUAUUAAAGUUUCUCACGUUCA